ACAGGACGGACGUCAUUCAAGUAAUGUCGGUCAACAAGCCACCAUGCACCCAUCUGAGCACAACAGCGAAUACCAUGGAGAGACGUGUGAGAGAAGAAGACAGAGCAACGCACCAUCCACACGAAAGUAUGCCUCGACUUUUGUCACGAGGCGGUCGGCGCGUGAGAGACACGACGUGAGUGUUGUGAGACUCCCCGUGGGUAGCUGACGCCCUUCUUGGUGUUGCGCAACCUCGUCAGCCGCCGAUCCACGCGAGCCAAAUACUCUACACCACACACACAUACGCACAUACACACAUACACACGUGUGUCAUGGAGAGCUCCUCCCCUUUUGAUUGCCACUUCUGACUCUGAAUGACCUGAGAAAGUGAUUCUUUUCUCCUGUCCGUCGGGCCCCUUGUCCUCCUCGCCAAAGAUGGCAUGAAUCUCCUGCAGACAGACAGACAGACAGACAGAAAGCCAGAAGGACAGAGACGUAAAGAGGCAGAAGGUUGACCGUCCAGUCUCUGUCUGUCUGCAGGAUGCCACCGUCCGUUCCUGACCUGGUCGAGGAGCUCUCGUCCAUAGCGGACGAAUAGGAUCUGCAGCGUCUGCUCGACGUUGAUCCGGCCCUCGAAGUGCUUAUCGUACAUCAGAAACUGAACCAAGUGGAACAGCUUCCUCGGCUCAAGACCUAGAGACAGGCACCACCCACCCAGCCAGCCAGUCAGCCACAACGCAUAUGUGUGAUGGUUGUCUCAGAGAGAGAGAAGGGAGGGAGAGAGACGGCGUCGACCUGCCUACCUGUUUUGUCGUUGAUGCAUCUUUGGUACAUGAUAAGGAACUCCUCCCAGCUGAUGGAAUGGUCGAGGUCGUCAUCCACCUCCCACACCAUCAACUCUAUCUCCCUCUGCACGCACACACACACCCAAAGCCAUCGUGGGGCUCCCACUCUCUCUUUGAUUCGUCAGGCGCCGACCUUGUGCAUGGGCGCCCCCAGUUUGUUGAGGACGUCAGCGAGUUCCUGCCAACUCAGCUUGCCGUCCCUGUCGGCGUCGAUGAUGGCAAACACCCUCUUGAGGGCCUCGUACUCGACCAGCGAUAUCUGCUCCUCCUGUUGACCUUCACUCAUACUCAGAGGCUGCGGCAGCCCCUGAGGACCCGCACGCUGGGUAGAAAGAGCCGAAGAUGCCGUCGGACCUGCCAUCGCC